AGAACUCAGGACGGCUCGGCGCAUUUCGGGAGGAAUCGGGACGGCUCGGCGCUGUUCGGGAGGACUCGGGCCGGGAGGGCUCGGCGAGGUUCGGGAGAACUCGGGCCGCUGCUUGUUCUGGGAGCAGCCAGUCUCCCUGAGACGGUGAGAGUGUGUGUGCGAGGCGGCCGCCGUGGGACUCGCUGCUCGGAACCGCACUGUGUUCAGCAAUUUUCAAUGACCGGGCUGGUUACUAAAUUCAGUGGCAUUUCCGGUUGCUCAUUUAUGGAGUUUCUGAAGGGCAGCAGGGACUAUUGCCAGGCACAGCACGGCCGCCUUGCAGACAAGUGAACUCGAAGUCUCUCCUGUCUCAACUACACGAGGAAGCCACCUUAAACGUAAAAGUGCCAACAGCAAACUGGGAUUCACCUGGACACUGGAUUUAAAAAUUGGAUAGCUUGUGAGAAGCAGAGGACAUUUGUUCUUUCGAUGACCUAGUCUGGAUGGGGUAAAUCUGCUCGUGUUUUCUGCAAUUGGAUGCUUUAAGGAGCACCAUUGCAUAGAGACACCAACUAAAACGUGCCGGUCUGAAUUGGACUUCACAUCACCUGUGCUGAGUCCAAUUGUGAGAGUGGAGGUUUUAAAAGCACAAGUACCAACAGUGGAAAAAAAACACGUGGUGCUGCUUAGAGUCUCUCCCAUUUUUUUUAUACAGUUUUUUUCCUGAAGUUGUAUAAGUAUUACAGCCACAAUGAACCGCCCGGCCCCAGUAGAAAUCAGCUCUGAGAGUAUGAGGUUUCUCAUCACACACAAUCCAACCGAUGCUACCCUCAACAAGUUCACAGAGGAGCUCAAAAAGUAUGGUGUUACCACACUAGUUCGAGUUUGUGAAGCCACCUAUGACAAGGCUCCUGUUGAAAAAGAAGGUAUCCAGGUUUUGGAUUGGCCUUUUGAUGAUGGAGCCCCACCUCCUACUCAAAUUGUGGAUGAUUGGUUGAAUCUGUUGAGAGAGAGAUUCCAUAAUGAGCCUGGAUGUUGUAUUGCUGUGCACUGUGUGGCAGGACUGGGACGAGCUCCAGUGCUUGUUGCACUAGCAUUGAUUGAAUCUGGAAUGAAGUAUGAAGACGCUGUUCAGUUUAUACGGCAGAAAAGGCGUGGAGCUUUUAAUUCAAAGCAACUACUUUACCUCGAGAAAUAUCGGCCAAAACUGCGUUUGCGCUUCAGAGCCACUAACAGCACGAGCUGCUGCAUCCAGUAGUAAUCUGUCUCUGGACUGUAGAUACCUUGGUGACGCAAACACAGAAAUUGAGAUAUAUUCGCACUCGGUGAAGUCAGGACCGCCAAUCUUGGAGUGAAUUUAAAAAAAGAAACCUGUCUUUGUGGUGAAGGAAUUGUGUAUUUUUCAUAUGAUUGAUCUUAUCAGGGAGGUGUUGCAUCUUAAAAUGGUCUGUAUAGAAAGAAUUCACUGCCUCUGUAAAAAGGAGGUUAAGAUUAUGUCUGUGCAAAGCUCCGCUGUCACCUCACUUUGUAGACCUCACUUGCAUUGCACAAAGACUUCCUGAGGAUAUGGUUCGAUGCAAUAGUUUAUCCCUCUGGUUACAGCAGGUAGGCAAAAUAAAAGAUGGAAUCUGGCACUGUAA